AUGGCUGGACUUACUGGGAACAGUUCAACGUUUGGAUUGGGUGACAUCAUCCAGCUGAAUGUCGGAGGAACGAGAUUUAGCACAUCAAGGCAGACUCUGACAUGGAUUCCUGACUCUUUCUUCUCAAGUUUACUUAGUGGAAGGAUAUCAACACUACGGGAUGAAACUGGAGCCAUAUUCAUUGACAGAGACCCAACAGCAUUUGCACCCAUUUUAAACUUUCUUCGAACUAAAGAAUUAGACUUGAGGGGGGUUAACAUUAGUAUCCUGCGACAUGAGGCUGAGUUCUAUGGUAUUACACCCUUAGUCCGACGCUUGCUGCUUUGUGAAGAACUGGAGCGAUCGUCAUGUGGAAGUGUGUUGUUUCAUGGCUACCUCCCUCCACCAGCUCUCCCAGCGCGGAGCAGUGUAGGUGGUGGGCAAGCUGCGGCUGUUGCAGGUCCAGAGGAGCGCUCAGGCCCCAGCGGCGCAGAGGGGGGUUACCCACGUUCCUGCCCUCAGUCUUCUCUCCCUGGACCCUCUGAGGCAGAUGGACCUCAAAGACUAGUGGACCCUAGAAAGGUGCUGAUUGUCGCUGGCCAUCAUAACUGGAUUGUAGCUGCUUAUGCACAUUUUGUCAUUUGCUACAGGAUAAAGGAAUCAUCUGGCUGGCAGCAGGUGUUUUCCAGCCCUUACCUGGACUGGGCCAUAGAGCAGGUGGCCCUCAAUGCAAAAGUCGUGGGUGGCCCACAUGGAGAUAAAGACAAGAUGGUGGCAGCAUCAUCAGAGAGCAGCAUUAUAUUGUGGAGUAUCCAGGACGGAGGGAGCGGAAGUGAAAUAGGUGUGUUCAGUCUUGGAGUACCUGUGGACUCUCUGUUCUUCAUUGGGAGUCAGCUGGUUGCCACCAGUCACACGGGGAAGGUGGGAGUGUGGAAUGCCGUCACCCAGCACUGGCAGGUGCAGGAUGUGGUGCCCAUUACAAGCUGCGACACUGCUGGCUCCUUCCUCUUGCUCGGCUGUAACAAUGGCUCAGUUUACUAUAUUGAUAUGCAGAAGUUUCCACUGAGAAUGAAGGACAAUGACUUGUUGGUGACGGAGCUGUACCACGACCCAUCGAAUGAUGCCAUCACGGCCCUCAGUGUCUACCUGACUCCUAAAACCAGUGUGAGUGGGAACUGGAUUGAGAUCGCAUAUGGAACCAGCUCAGGGGCCGUGCGUGUCAUCGUGCAGCAUCCAGAGACCGUUGGAUCUGGUCCACAGCUCUUCCAGACCUUCACUGUCCACCGCAGCCCUGUCACUAAGAUUAUGCUUUCUGAAAAGCACUUAGUUUCAGUGUGUGCUGACAAUAACCAUGUACGCACAUGGACGGUAACGCGCUUCAGAGGCAUGAUCUCCACUCAGCCAGGAUCUACUCCGCUGGCCUCCUUUAAGAUCAUCUCACUGGAGGAGACAGAGAGCCAUAGCAGCUAUUCCUCUGGCAACGACAUCGGUCCAUUUGGAGAGAGAGAUGACCAACAGGUGUUUAUUCAAAAAGUCAUUCCUGUUACCAACAAACUCUUUGUUCGCCUCUCCUCUACAGGAAAAAGGAUUUGUGAGGUGCAGGCUGUAGAUGGCACCACCAUCACGUGUUUUACAGUGCGAGAGUGUGAGGGCUCGAGCCGCAUGGGCUCCAGACCCCGCCAUUACCUCUUCACUGGUCAUGCAAACGGGAGCAUUCAGAUGUGGGACCUCACCACGGCCAUGGACACGGUCAACAAGACUGACGACAAGGCCAAGCGGGAACCAGAGGUGGGAGGUCCAACUGAGGAGGAGCUGCUGAAGCUGCUUGACCAAUGUGAUUUGAGCACAUCCCGCUGUGCCACGCCCAACAUCAGCCCCGCCCCCUCUGUGCUGCACAGCCGGCUGCGAGAGUCCUGCUCCAGUCUCCAGCUGCAGGCUCAGGAGCCCAUCCCUGAGACGGCCACUUAUGGAGCCUUGCGGCCGUACCGAGAAAGCCCCUUGCUAGCCCAUGCUCGACGCACAGAGAGCUUCCUCAGCUACAGAGACUUCCACUGCUUAAACCCGGCCAAGGCCCUGCUGGAGAACCACGGACAGUGCGGAUCCAUGGAGGAUGAGAUGCGCCAUUCAGUGGGAGAGAACAACACUGAGGACCCCGACAAAAGGAACUCUACCAUGGAUCUUUGGGGGUCCAGAUCACCUGAGACCCAGUCUUCAGCUGCACGCAAACCCCCAGACAGCCCUGGAGACCAGCGGCGAACCCAUUUGAUGGAGGAAGCGGCUGCAGACUCUAGACCGGACGGGGGCAGGAGGAGAGGGGCAUUUGAAGCAAAUUUUCUAAGCAGGAAAAAGGCCCCCCCAGUUCCACAACUGAGCCCCCCACCGUCAGGAGCUGAUGGAGGGGGCAGCGACUCGUCCAGCACCGCCUCACCCUCGCCAACUAAAGUGUCCACAUCCCCACGCCAUCGCAAGGCUCCUGACGCUGCAUGUGAGUGAUGGGUCACACAGAUUUGUCCUAUGCAGAGGUGGUACCAAAUACAAUAAUCAAUAACAGGGAAAAGAAAGUAGUUGAAUGGAUGAUUUCAAAAGUGAAGUGUUUCAGAAUGUAGAUGUGAAGGUUUGGCAGGAUGCCAGCUGGCUGCUAAAAAAAGAAACCUCACUCACUGUGAACAGAUUUAAAGGGAAAAUACACAGCAUAAAUAUGUCAGCUUCACAUGUCUGUUAAUCGCUUGAAAGAAUGUAUUAAGCUUUUGUCAGACAGAUGAUGCUUUCACAAUAUGGACCUAAUCCUCUCUUCACUGAUUUUUUCAAGCUUAAAUAUGAGAUACAUUUACUUUUCAUUCCUUUAAGAAAAUUAACAAAGAGUGACUAGAUCAGUUAUUCAGCCAGUUAGACUUUAGCUUUGUACACCUGCGCCUUUACUAAACAUUUGUAUUGUUUUUGUCCAUUAAAGGGAUAGUCCACCCUAAAAUGAAAACGUGAAGUAAAUUUGAAUGAGGAAUUUACUCUCCCUCAUGUCAUUUAAAACCCACAGGACUUUCUUUUGUGGAUCAGCAAAGGAAAAGUUUAACAGAAUGUUUCGCUGCUCUCUUCCAUACAAUGAAAGUGGAUUUAAUACUUUAUAUUCAGAGCUCUGAGUAAUUGAAUUAAAUGUGUUACUAUUGAUAAUCUUCUCUUGAUAAUCCUUCUUGACAUUUGCUUUCAUUGUGUAGUAAAGAUCAGUUUGGCUUAUUUUGUGUUCCAUGAAAGAAAAAAAAAAAUCAUACAGGGGUUGAACGACUUUUCAGAUUAUGGGUGGAUUAUUGCUUAAAUGGUUUGCUAUUCUCUUAUUAAUUAAUUUGCUUUUUUAAAAAGUAGAUUAGCAUGCUGAUGCUACUGGCCACUAAUGGUACCUUCAAAACACUGUGAUGCACUUUAUUGUCUGUCCUUAUAUUCAUCCGUUACAUUGAAUGGACCGAACAGAUGAACUUCAGUGAUCAGGUCUGAAGUGCAGGUUCGACUCCACUGCUGUCGUGAAGCCUUUGACAAUCUCUUUCUUUCUUCAAUCCUUUCAGACGGGUUGCGCUCUCUGAACUUUCAGCAUGCAUCCGCAGGGGAGUUUUACUUGCUCUAUCCAUUUUUGGGAUUUAUUCAGUGCCUUUUGCUAAUUUGGAUAGAUACUGCUGUGAGAAAUCAAAACAGAUUUAGCUUUUUUUUUCUGUCUUUCUGAUGUGAGCGUUAGUUCGAUUAUCACAUUAUGCAACUUAUUUAAGUGAAGCGGAUUCUGUUUUACAAAAUAAGACCCUAAUCAAGAUGAAAAAAGAAAUUAAAUGAAAAGAAUAUAUUUUACAGACAGUUGCCAGAUUUAAAGGUAAUAUACAAUUAAAAAAAAAAAAAAACUAUUUAUUAAUGGAUUAGCUCUGUAUUUCUCUGUUUGUCAUCAUAACAUAUAAUUUUAUCAUUCACAUUUUCAAUAUAAUGUAAAGAAUUAUUUAUAUUUGACAUUAAGCUAAUUUUGCAUUCAACUGAUAAGCAUGGUCACUUUCUUUCCAGCCAUUCCACUUUGUGUACAGGAUAUAUCCUGCCAGAGAAAAUGAACAGUAUAUAGUGAUUAUUAUUUUAAUGGCAACUAAAUGGAAUCCUUUAACAGAGUACUUUUAUAUAAAGGAAAUGAGAUCUCAUUAAUGCUAUGCAAUCAGUGUUAGUGCUGAGAGUAGGCUACAUGGCCUGAAACUAAAUAAUGAAGCACAGAAACGAAUAGCAGAAUGUUCUUUGGACAACAGUACGAAGCUAGAAAAAUAAAUUAAAAUAAAUAAAAUAAAACAAAUAAUUACCCCUGGGAAGAUCUGCAUGUUUCAUUUCUCAAAAUUGUUUCAUAAAUACUUCAAAUUGACUUUUUAAAAUGUCCUUUGUUGCUAUGACUGGUUUGCUCCCAGUUAGUAGUGAUCUUGGUAUCAAAAUAUGCAUAGUAAUGAAUUAAAUGCAUAGUAAUUAAUCAGCUACUCAUGUCAUUUAUUUGCUCGCUGAGAUUUUUCAGUGUUGGGUAAUAUUUAAUUGGCAAGAGUAUGAUUCUUUAUGCUUGCUUUCAGAAAUACAGUCACAACCUGA